UACACACUAUUUCACUAUUAGAGAAAUGAAGGUGUUGCUACUUCUGACCCUGGUAGGGGUUACUGUAUCUCAGCUGGUUGGAGAUCUAAAGAAAAAUGAACCCCUGCCUCUAGAGAUCCAGGAAUGUACCGGAUCAAUGUCUUGCACUCCAGUUAAAACUAAAGUGACAAUGGACCAAAACUGGAGAUGGGUCCAUAAAGUUGGGCAGUCUUCAAAUUGCUAUACAGGAAACCUUUGGGAUGAUUCUGUAUGUCCUGACCCUCAAACUUGCACUCAAAACUGUUGCAUUGAUGGAAUUGAUAAUGUUGAUUGGGCUGGAACCUAUGGGGUGUCAUCUACUGGUAAAGAAGUCAGUAUACAAUUUGUCACUAAUGGACCUUACUCAACAAAUAUUGGAUCUCGAAUGUAUCUAUUGGAUCCUAGUGAAAACGAAUACUACAUGUUCAAGCUAAAGAAUAAAGAGCUGACUAUGGAUGUUGAUGUGAGUAUGCUGCCAUGUGGACUGAACGGUGCUGUUUAUCUGGUUGAAAUGGACAAGGAUGGAGGUGCAUCUAAGCAUCCAACGAACAAGGGAGGAGCCGCUUAUGGAACUGGUUAUUGUGAUGCGCAGUGUCCUCAUGAUAUUAAAUUCAUUAAUGGAGAGGCAAACUCUGGAGACUGGAUUCCAAGUGACAAUGAUGCCAAUGCCGGUGUUGGUCAUUAUGGAUCUUGUUGUGUUGAGUUAGAUAUUUGGGAAGCAAAUAGUAUAUCUACAGCAUUCACUCUUCACCCAUGUGAUACUACAGGUCCAGUGAGAUGUGAAGGAAAAGACUGUGGGGAUAAUGCAAGUGGGGAAAGAUAUGACGGUCUUUGUGACAAGGACGGGUGUGAUUUUCAUAGCUGGAGAAUGGGGGAUCAAACCUUUUUUGGACCUGGAUCAAAUUUUAAGGUUGAUACUACUAAACCUAUGACUGUGGUAACACAGUUUAUAACUAAUGAUGGCACAGAUACUGGAGAUUUGGUGGAGAUGAGACGACUGUAUGUUCAGAAUGGAGUCCUAAUUGCAAAUUCAUUUUCAAAUGUACCAGGUGUUGAUAAAACUGACUCUGUGAAUGAAAAAAUGUGUGAGCAAUCCAAGAAUGCAUUUGGUGAUCCCCUGGCUUUCCAAGAAAAGGGUGGCAUGAAGGCUUUUGGAGACUCAAUGGAAAAUGGAAUGGUUCUUGUACUUUCCCUCUGGGAUGAUCAUGAAGCUGGUAUGCUCUGGCUUGACAGCAACUUCCCAGCUGAUGCUGAUCCAAGUAAACCAGGAGUCAGUAGAGGUUCUUGUUCUACAGAUUCUGGAAACCCAGCUGACCUGGAAGCAAAUUAUCCCAAAGCUACAGUAAAGAUUUCCAACCUUAAAGUUGGAACCCUUGGAUCUACUUUCUUUGGAGGUGAACCAGUAACUACUACUACAGGAGGGUCAGGAGGAGAUUGUCCAGGAGGAGAUCUUGAUCAUUGUCUCUCCCUCUGUCCAGAUUCUCCAGCAACCAUCCAUGAUGGUUGUGUUCAAGAAUGCAAUAAUCUUUGUUAAUUAUUUCAGAAUAAUAAAAUUUUUUUCUUUGCUGCCCAUAUUA